AUGAAGUACACAUCAGCAAUCCUCGCCCUUGCGGCCACCGUCAUUGCACAGAGUGGUAGUGGCCCAGGUGGCUCUGUCACCGAAGAUGUUGCACCAGAUACCCAGGCCUCUGGCGACUGCAAGUCCGACUUCCCAUUCGGCCCUACAUUCACUUUCAACACCAUGAACAUCACAGGCCCAGGCAGCAAGAGAGACCUUGAAUCGCGAGCAACAAACGUCGCAUGUGGCGGUGAAGGAUCCCUCAUCUUGACCCUCAACGGUGGCAAGCUUCUCGACUCCAAGGGACGUACAGGUUAUAUCGCCUCCAACCGUCAGUUCCAGUUCGAUGGCCCACCUCAAGCUGGUGCCAUCUACACCGCAGGCUGGUCUGUUUGCGAAUCAAACAAGCAUCUCUCCCUCGGUGGCAAUGACACCUUCUAUAACUGCCUGUCUGGCACCUUCAACAAUAUCUACGACCAGAGCCAAGGCAACCAGUGCUACCCAGUCUACAUUGUUACCAUUCCUUGCACCGCCUCAAGCUCGAUACCGAUUGCCUCAAAACCAGCUACCGUUUCAAUUGCAAGCAGCGCUACAUCCGAGAACAUCAUGACUGAGAUGAUGACAUCUGCAGCAGCUACGUCUGCACCGGCAACCUCUGCGCCAGCUGCUACAGUUGUCAAAGGUACAGCACCCGCCGGCACUGCAAGCGGUGCGCCAUCAAACACAGCGUCUGGACCAACAUCAUCACCAAGCCCCUUCGUGGGUGCAGGUGCUAUCGUGGAGGCUGGCCAGAAGAUCGUUGGUCUUGUCGCUGGUGUUGCAGCCUUUGCUCUUUUGUAA